UUGAUGGACAACGGGUCCAAACAGCCAACAAUGGAAGCAACAACCACCUCGAAGAGAACAGGAAGAGAACCCUAACAAUAACAAUAACUUGACCGAACAAGUAGUUGCAGAAGAAGCGAACACAGGGUCCAACUUGAACCAAGAUCAACAACAACAGACGCCGUCGAGAGCAAGAACUCCUUUCACUAACCUCAGUCAGGUCGAUGCUGACCUGGCUCUUUUCCGAUCCCGUCAAGAACAGGAAAGGGCAUAGAUGAUGCUGUGGAUGAAUAAUGAUGGUAGUGAUAAUGGAAGCUGGAAGCUAUUCGUACGAUAAAGAUGAUGAUUUUGAUGGGCCAGAUGAUGAGACUGAUGAAGAGGGAAAUGAGAAUCAGGAGUUUGAUGGCACCGAUGUUGAAGAUGGUGAGGAUGAUGACGAUGAAGAUGCAUUUGAUGUGCAUCAUCAUGAUGAAGAUGCCGAGGACGAUAACAACCCUAGUGUCGAAUAUGAUUCCGAUGUUUUUUCAAGUGAUGAGGCAUACGUAAGAGCAAUUCAGGUUGCUGAAGAAAGAGAGAUGGCUGCUCGAUUGUUAGCCCUUGCUGGAAUAAAUGAUCGAGAAAUUGAGGACCCAGAGAAUCGUGCUGGUAACUCUCAGGUACUGAUUUCUCUGUCUCCUCAUACAGCUCUCUCUUCCCCUUCCUCUCCUUCUUUGGUCGGCACAUUGGAGAAGGCGACAGCUCCAUUUCAUCCUCUGCAAUAGCAGGCAAGGGUAGACCAUUGACACGUGUGGACCGCCUUUUGUUCCAAUGUGUUACAUAUCCUUUGUAAUAAUUUUGUCAAUCUCUAUGCUCUCCUCUUCUGCACUUUGUUAUCGUGCUAACAUCCGGCUUUGGCAAGGGAUUAUCUGCAGAGAGGGAGACCCAAUUGAUCAACACAGUUCUCAAAACUAUAAUACCAUAUCCGAUCUAAGCAUAUCAAAUAGAAACGAUCGUUGCGCAGCUUAGAUUGUUCCAAGAAAUUAGGAUCUAAAAUCAAGACUCGGUUGUGCUGAGUUAUGUUUUGUGGAUCACGUGGUUCGUGGAAAUAGGUGAGGAUGCGGUUGGAUGAACGUCGGCAAGCGGAGAGACAUGGCUACACUAUCCACCAUUUUGAUAUUUUUUGUAUAUAUUAAGUAAAGAAAAAUUUGGGUUCAACUACUUUUUAGUCAAUAUAUAUGUAUUUUUAUUAAGUAUAUUUUAUGAGCAUAUUAGUAGAAAGAAGUCAUUACAACCCGUCAUUAUAUCACGAGCUAUCUCCGGCUUCAACCCAUGGACAAACUUACCUCUUCUCAAUUCUGGAGUACUGACUAUUUCGGGUGCAAACUUGCUUCAAAUUCUCUUCUGAACACACCCCAGGUCAUCACAGAAGCAUCAUGAGUAUCUUCCAUCAAUUUCCAUCAAAUUCGGGCAUCACCUCGAAACAAGAAACUGGCAUACCGGAUCUUCUCCCUGUUCGUCAUGGGAAACAGUGCAGUCGUACGCUCAAUGGACUUAAGCCAUUCUUCUGCCACUAAAGGGUCCGUUGUACCUUUAAAUUCUGACGGCUGAUGUUGACUUGGAAGCCCAUAAAUCGGCUCAAUCCGAUUUUGUAUUGUCUGAGGUACCGGCAUUUUUCUUUCUUCUCUAGUAGGCGGUACUUGAAUGGGGUUUUCAAUUCUUUCUGGUUCGACUCUCCCCUGUCUUUCUCCUAAAAGUUGUUGUACAAUCCCCUGAAUUCUAGCUUCAUCAAGGGUAGGGGGAGUAGGUUUUGGUGGGUUAGACGGUUCUCCCGUACUCAUUGUUUUCUUACUACUUGCUCGCGUUUUGCGUCUCAUCUACAAAACAACCAAAUUUAAUCAAUUCAGACAACAUUUUAAGUAAGGAAAGAAUUUAACUUACAAUAGUCGGCUAUGGAACGUCGCGACGGUGAGAAUGACACAUUGUCAAAUCCUAAAAUCUUUGCU